UCAGUAGCAGCAGCACUAGGAGGAGGAGGGAGGGGGAGUGAGCCCGGCACCUCUCCCACUCAGGCAUAUUGGGAGAUCAGGACAGUGCUGUACCGCUCACACAUGCGUCUCCUUUGAUUGCACAGAGCCCGGCCGCUGCAGGGGAAGAAGAGCCCAGCCAGGGACAAAAGAAGGCUAUGAUCCAAACUGAGGCCUAGUUGCUGAACAAUUCACCAUGACGGCUACCACCGAGGAGCUAGUGUUAAUGGAGGACGAUGCUUCGUUGAACCCCCUGUGUUUCGAGUGUGGUCAGCAGCACUGGACAAGAGAGAACCACCUGUACAACUAUCAGAAUGAAGUGGACGAUGACCUGGUUUGCCACAUUUGCCUUCAGCCUCUACUGCAGCCGCUGGAUACCCCUUGCGGCCACACCUUCUGCUUCAAGUGCCUCAGAAAUUUCUUACAAGAGAAGGACUUUUGCCCGCUGGACCGAAAAAGACUGCACUUUAAGUUGUGCAAGAAAUCCAGUAUCCUCGUUCAUAAACUGCUGGAUAAACUUGUGGUUUCUUGUCCGUACUCUUCCACUUGCAAAGAAACCAUGCAACGGUGCGAUAUGGAAGCUCAUCUUAAAAACAGGUGUCCAGGGGCCUCUCACCGGAGGGAGCUACUAAACCAGCACAGGGCCAGCAAACUGCAGAUCGAAAUCGAAGGCGAAAACGGAUCGGUACUGAUCGAUCAUCAUGGAUCGCCAGAAUCGGACAAAACUACGAGUGGAUCGGCGCUAACGGAGAGGAACGUGACACCAUCUGUGAUGCCCGGGUGGAUGGAGGAGCACGGCUUUGAUAACCCAGCCUUUGAGGAGAGCACAGCAGCUGACGCUACACAUCCGCCUCCCAGCUUGCCCGAAGGGGAAAUCACCACUAUUGAAAUCCAUCGCUCCAAUCCUUACAUUGAGCUGGGAAUCAGCAUAGUGGGUGGGAACGAGACUCCUCUGAUAAACAUUGUGAUCCAGGAAAUUUAUCGGGACGGCGUCAUUGCCAGGGACGGGAGGCUUCUUGCCGGCGACCAGAUACUUCAAGUAAAUAACUUUGAUAUCAGCAAUGUGUCGCAUAACUAUGCCCGAUGGGUCCUGUCUCAGCCUUGCUCUGUGCUGCAUCUCACGGUGCUGCGGGAGAGACGUUUUGGGAGUCGAGCACAAGGGCACGGGGACGGCGGCUCGCAGAGAGAUGACAGUUUUCAUAUCACCCUCAACAAACGCGGUUCCAAUGAACAGCUGGGCAUUAAGCUGGUGCGCAGAACUGAUGAGUCAGGCGUUUUUAUCCUGGAUCUGUUGGAAGGUGGGCUGGCGGCGCAGGACGGGAGGCUGCAUAGCAACGACAGAGUACUCGCCAUAAACGGCCUUGAUUUAAAGCAUGGAACUCCGGAAUUGGCUGCUCAGAUUAUCCAGGGCAGCGGGGAACGUGUAAACUUAACUGUAUCUCGACCCGUGAAGCACCAGCCUGGGAAUAUAACAAGAGAUCUGGGGAACAGCCAGCCCCACAAUCACACGCCGCAAGUUUAUCACCACAGGCCCAGCGCACAUAAGGAUCUGGCCCAGUGUGUUAAAUGCCAAGAAAAGCAGAUUACAGUGAAGAAAGAGCCCCAGGAAUCACUGGGCAUGACGGUGGCAGGGGGAAGAGGCAGUAAAAGCGGAGAGCUGCCAAUCUUUGUGACCAGCGUCCAACCUCACGGCUGUCUCGCAAGGGACAGCAGAAUCAAGAGAGGGGAUGUGCUGCUGAGUAUCAAUGGCAUUGAUCUGACCAAUCUCAGUCACAGCGAAGCAGUGGCCAUGCUGAAAGCCAGCGCUACCUCCUCGGUGGUCUCUCUGAAAGCAAUCGAGGUGGAGGUGGUGGAGGAGCAGACGCAAGGCAAAGAGGAAAUGAGCACAGUCAGUGAAAAUGAAUACGAUGCCAGUUGGUCUCCAUCAUGGGUCAUGUGGCUGGGCCUUCCCAGUUGCCUUCAUAGCUGCCAUGAUGUUGUUCUGCGGAGGAGCAACCUGGGGAGCUGGGGCUUCAGUAUUGUGGGGGGUUAUGAGGAGAAUCACACAAACCAACCUUUCUUCAUCAAGACUAUUGUGCUCGGGACUCCGGCUUACUAUGAUGGUCGACUCAAGUGUGGGGAUAUGAUCGUUGCCGUAAAUGGGCUCUCAACUGUUGGAAUGAGCCAUUCCGCCCUGGUGCCGAUGUUGAAGGAGCAGCGGAGCAAAGUGACUCUCAGCGUUAUCUCUUGGCCUGGAAGUCUCGUUUGAACCUUCAGAUUUUAUGAGCCAAGUCUCAUGCUCAUGUGAUAGCUGGUUAAAAGCUGGGCCAAAUCUCCUCCACAAUCGUUUGAAUGAUUACUUGAUCGUUUGUCCUUGAUUGAUUGACUUAUUCUGAGCUGGUAAAACAGAUUUUCCCUAUGAAUGAGCUACGUGAAACGUCUCAAGCCGGAGGGCCUGCUGCAAUGCCUCAAGCCCAUGAAGCUGUUUCUUCAUCUUAGUAACGACUUCAGCCUGAUUUCUGUUAACUUGGGGCGUACUCACCUCAACUUUGGACUCAGUCACCAUUUCGCUUGUUCUUUGACAACUUUGGGCGGAAUCACCAUUUUUCUUGCUCUUUUUUUAACUGUGGGUCUGGUCACUAUUUUGAUUGCUCUUUGGUAAUUCUGGGCAUAGUCACCAUUUCUUAGCUCUAAUAUUUAAGCCUAACCUCCAUUUUAUUGCUUUUUGUUAAGCCGGAUCCCAGUGACCAUACUUGCUCGCUCUUUCUUAACGUUGGGUCUAGUCAACAUUUCAUUGCUCCAUUCACUUUAGGCCUAGUCACCACUUUGCUUGAUUUUCGUUACUUUUGGGCAUAGUCAUCAUUUCCAUUCUUUAUUAGCUUUGGGUCUCAUCACCACUUUGCUGGCAGGCUAAACUACAUUAGGCCUGAUUUGCUGGUUCCUUGUUAACUUUGGGCCUAGUCAUAAUUUUGCUUGGUCUUUGUUAAAUCUAGACGUGGCCAUCCCUUUUUUCUAGAUACCUUUAAGCCUAAACACUAUUUUUACAUGCACUUUGUUAAAUUUGGGGCUGGUCACCAUUUUCAUAUUCGUUCUUAACUUUGGUCCUAUUGACCCUUUUUUUUCUUACUCUUUGUUAACUCUGGGUCUAGUUGCCACUUUGUUUACUUUGGACAAGUUUAACUAGUUACCGUUUUCCUUGAUAUAAUGAAAAUGUAAUAUAAGCUUCAGCACACUGAAAUAAGGAGUUUUCUGAAUAUAAUCAAUUAAAUAUUCUGUACUGUUUCUGAAAUAACCAAGUUUAUAUUCACUA